GUUCUCACCUUCUUCAUGCUUGAGAGCUGUUUUUUCACUUUCAUUUGAAAGAUCUGUUGGAGUCAAAACCUACAAGUUGAUUCAUCAUCAAAAUGGUACAUGAAGUUGCAACUUCAGAUGAACCGGUUCUUCUUGGAGAAGAAAUAGACCAUGUGAGGUUGAUCACAUUGAACCGCGCUCGUCAAUUGAAUGUCAUCUCAUCAAAUAUGGUUUCUUUGCUAGCUGAAAACUUGGAGAAGUGGGAAAAGGACGAUAAGGCUGAGCUUGUUAUCAUCAAGGGAUCAGGCCGAGCUUAUUCAGCUGGUGGAGACUUGAAAAUGUUUUAUGAUGGCAGGAAAUCAAAGGACUCAUGUCUUGAAGUCGUCUACCGAAUGUAUUGGCUUUGCCACCACAUUCAUAGUUACAAGAAAACUCAGGUUGCUCUUGUCCAUGGAAUUUCUAUGGGAGGAGGUGCCUCUCUAAUGGUUCCAAUGAAGUUUUCGGUAGUCACAGAAAAAACUGUUUUUUCAACUCCAGAAGCAAGCAUUGGUUUUCAUACUGAUUGUGGUUUCUCAUAUAUGCUUUCCCAUCUUCCUGGGCAUCUUGGUGAAUACUUGGCCCUAACUGGAGCAAGACUUGAUGGAAAGGAAUUAGUUGCAGCUGGAUUGGCAACACAUUUUGUCCCUCUUGAGAAACUAUCUGAUCUAGAGAAGCGGUUGAUAAGUUCAAACUCAGGAGAUGCUAAUGCAGUGAAAGCUGCAAUUGAAGACUUCUCUGUGAAUGUUCAGCCUGAUGAAGAAAGUGUAUUAAACAAGCAGUCAAUAAUUGAUGAGUGCUUCUCCAAGGACACUGUGGCAGAGAUUAUAAAUUCAUUUGAAGCUGAGGCAAAGAAAGAAGGAAAUGGAUGGAUAGGUCCUGUUCUUAAGGGACUGAAAAGAUCAUCUCCUACAGGAUUGAAAAUAACACUAAGAUCGAUUCGCGAAGGAAGGAAGCAAACAUUGGCUGAAGCUUUGAAGAAGGAAUUUCGACUCACAAUCAAUAUAUUAAGAAGCACCAUAUCCGAGGAUGUUUAUGAGGGUAUCAGGGCUCUCACCAUUGACAAAGAUAACGCUCCUAAGUGGAAUCCACCCGCUCUUGAGAAGGUGGACGAUGAGAAGAUAGACCUCGUUUUCGAACCGUUUGCAGAAGAUUUGGAGCUCAAGGUUCAGGAAAAUGAAGAAUUCAGGUGGGAUGGCAAAUAUGAGAAUUCAGUAUAUCCAUCCUUGAAAUGAAGGCAACCGGAUGAAGUCAAUGACUGAUUUUCAAAUUGAAUAAGCUUGUACUCUAAAUGAGCAGGAUCGCAACGUUUCGAUUGUAAACUUGAAGUACUUAUUACCUUUAUAUCAUCUUGUUAAUGUAAUAAAAAGUUAUGAUUAUUA